AUGGAUCGUCAUGUUCCCAUGCAUGCAUUACCUGAAGAAAUCCAAAAGAUGUCUCCUGAAGAAAAAGUUUGUAAGUACUGUGGAGUCAGCUAUCUAAUUCUACAUGAGUUUAAGGCUAUGGAAGAAAAAGUAAAAGCGAUGGAAAAAGAGAUGAAAUUUUAUCAAGGAAGUAUAGAACGUGAAAAGAGACUUCAAGAAAAACUACAGUCUCUUAGCCAAGAUUUUGAACGGUACAAAAUUGACAAUGAAUCCAAAACAGAAAGGAUUCAAGAUGCAAGCAUGAAGUUAAAAAGUUACCAAGAUGAAUUUCAGAGGGUACAGAAAGAAUUGAGUCAGUUGCAAGAUGAGUUAAAAAUUAAACAAAAACAAUCACAAAUCUUCAGUCAGAGAUUGACGGAAUGCAAAUAUUCCUGGACUAAGACUCUUUCAUUACUUACUUUUACUAAAAGAGAGCUAAACAGCAUUAAAAACGAAGUGUAUGAUCAUCUUAAAAACUGGGCUUCACUGAAGAGAGAAACUUUUCUACAAAUUAAAUCAAUAAGUGAAACAGCCUUGACAGAAAUAAAGAUGCUAAAUAAAAGUUUGACAGUGUCCCAGAGAAACAAUGUAUGCCUUGAAGAGGAAAUGAAAAAUCUGAAGUUGUUGUCAGAUGCAGCCAUAUUGAGAUCUCAGCAGAUUCAGACAUCCAAACAACAGGAAGUAAACUUGCAAACCAGAUGCCAUGACUUGCAAAAGGAAGUACUAGAUUUACAGUGUCAAGUAGAAGCGCUUGGGCUAAAACUUCAGAAGGCAGUGACUGAGAUGGACAACUACAAAGAAAAGCUCAUGAAUAAAUCUAAUGAAGCUGAUGAGUGUCAAAGAGAACUUAGAAAACUGAAGUUUGAAUCCAUUAUCUCUGACUCACGGCAUACCAGAUUGCUUAAAGAAAAAGAAGACUCUUUAAUGACUUGUCAACAAAUAUAUAAAAGUUUACAGGAAGAACUGACUGCAAAAGAAAGGCAAGAAGAUGACUUAAAAAGAAGAAUUAAUAUUGCAGAAAAUGAACUGGAAAUAACCAAAACUCUUCUGAUUCAGACAAAGGAAGAAGUUGUAACACUGAAAAGUGAAAGGGAGUUGAUGCUGAUUUCACAUCAGAAAAGUAUCGAGCAGCUGCAGGAAACCCUUAGACAGAAGCUGCUGAAUGAUGAUAACUGGAGGGAGAAGAUUGAAGCUGAACUCGCCAAGGAAAGAGCCCAACAUUUGGUUGAAUUUCAGGAGCAAGCUCUUCUCUUUAAGGAAGAAGCUAAACUGGAACUUGAUAUUGAAAAGGAAAAACACCAAGAAAUAAUCCAAAAGUAUAAGAAAGAACAAGAAGAACUACAAAUGAAGAUAUCUGACUUAAUCGAAGGUGCUACUAAAGAUCUAAGACUGAAACUCGCUGCUCUUGAAGAAAAACUCCAUGAAUCCCAUGUUCAAUAUACUGAAGAAUCUGCGUUAAAGGAGAAAGAAAUUGAAAACCUUAAAAAUUUGGUUGUAGAAUUUGAAUCACGUUUGAAGAAGGAAAUUGACGGUAAUGGUUCAGUUUCAGAGGACCUGAGGAAGGAAAUGAAAAAGAAGUCAGAUGAACUAGAAAGAGUAAUGCUGGCACAAACACAACUGAUGGAGCAAUUCAACCAGUCCCAGAAAGAGAACACUUUUCUUCAGGAAACAGUGCGUAGAGAGUGUGAAGAACGGUUUGAACUGACGGAGGCGUUGAGUCAAGCCAGAGAACAACUCCUGGGGCUCCGGAAGCUGAGCGGACAGUGGCCGCCGUCGCUGCGCUCCCUCCAGGGCAGCCUAACCUCUGCUGCAGCCGGGGGUGGCCAGGGAGAGAGAAGGCUUGCCAGACUGCACUCUGAGAAAAGAGAUGACGGUCGAGGAAGGAUGGGAAUCGGCUACGGGAGAGGAGCGGGCAGGGGCACAAACCCCCCGCUCCGCUGGGGGCGCCGCAGCACCUGCAGGCGCCGAGCGAGGCGCCCUCGCGCCCCCAGCGGAGAAGGGUGGAGAAGGGUUCUCGAAAUGACAAAAAUGGUUCCUUUGCGCACUCUCGACAUUUUCAUCAUCGAUGAAUAUUUAUGA